UCAGUUGGUUGGAGUGAUCGAAUCCAAUUCCACACUCCCCCUGUGGGAGGAUCUGAUGAACUCAAAUUUCUUGCAUUUGGCGACAUGGGAAAGGCUCCUCGUGAUUCUUCUGUCGAGCAUUAUAUUCAGCCAGGAUCCCUCUCAGUGAUUGAGGCCGUGACGGAUGAAAUAAAUUCCAGGAAUGUAGACUCUGUCUUCCACAUUGGAGAUAUAAGCUAUGCCACUGGGUUUUUAGUUGAAUGGGAUUUUUUCCUUCACCAAAUCAACCCUAUUGCUUCUCGAGUUUCAUACAUGACAGCUAUCGGGAACCAUGAGAGGGACUAUAUAGAUUCUGGAUCAGUGUACAUUCUUGCAGAUUCAGGUGGGGAAGUUGGAGUUCCCUAUGAGACUUACUUUCCAAUGCCAACCCCAGCAAAGGAUAAACCAUGGUAUUCCAUAGAACAAGGAAGCGUCCACAUCACGAUGAUUUCAACAGAGCAUGACUGGACCAAAAAUUCUGAGCAGUAUCAAUGGAUGAAAAAGGACAUGGCUUCAGUUGAUCGAUCUAAAACUCCUUGGUUGAUAUUUAUGGGGCAUAGACCAAUGUAUACAUCUGCCCCUGGAUUCCUGAGUGUUGAUGAGAAAUUCGUUGACAAAGUUGAACCAUUACUUCUGGCAAGCAAAGUUGAUCUGGCGCUGUUUGGUCAUGUCCAUAACUACGAGCGAACCUGCUCCAUUUAUAAGAGCCAAUGCAUGAAAUUGCCUUGCAAAGAUGAGGUUGGGAUCGACACAUAUGAUCAUAGCAACUACAGUGCCCCAGUGCAAGCCAUAAUUGGAAUGGCUGGCUUUUCCUUGGACAAGUUUCCCAGUGGUGUAAGUCCUUCUUGA